AUGAAAUAUCACGAGGACGACAAUAAAGAAGUUCAAGAGACUGCUCUGAAGAGAGAGCUUGAUGUGUUCGAUCUCACAAUCAUCGGUGUCGGAGGGAUCGUGGGAGCUGGGAUCUUCGUCCUCUCCGGGCAAGCAGCAGCCAUGUACGCGGGCCCUGCGGUGGUUCUUUCCUUUGCGAUCGCAGGAGGGUGUUGUACAAUCUACGCUCUGUGCUUUGCCGAGCUCUCCACCAUGGUCACAGACACUGGGAGUGCGUACACGUACGCUCGUCUCGCCUUCGGGAAUUUUGUCGGGUGGAUCGUGGGAUGGUCGCUGGUGGCAGAGUACUUGUUCUGUGUCUCUGCUGUCUCGGUGGGAUGGAGCGGUUAUGCGAGCGAGAUCUUUCAGCAGCUGGGAGUUCCUCUGAGCUCCCGAUGGAGUACUCCACCCUUAGCCUUCGACGAGAACCACAACAUCUACUUCACUGGUGCUGUGCUCAACGGCCCUGCUGUCUUCCUCGUCGUCUUCGCCUCCAUCAUCGUUGGGCUCGGCGUCAGGAUGUCAGCCAUCGUUGCCAAGGUCAGCGUGCUGAUCAAGCUGGGGGUGAUCGCGACGUUCCUUGCCUGCGGCAUGUUCUUCAUCCACGGAGAGAACUACAGCCCCUUCGUUCCCGAGAACAAGGAGGGCGACUUCAAGGACUUCGGGCACUUCGGGUGGUCAGGAGUCUUGAGAGGGUCGAGCAUUGUAUUCUUUUCCUACGUCGGUUUCGACGCCAUUACUACAGCAGCAUCAGAAGCCAAAGAUCCGAGCAACGACCUUCCCAACAGCAUCUUCUUGAGCCUGGGGAUCUCGACUGCGCUCUACAUGCUGGUCGCCUUCGUCAUGUGUGGCCUCGUCUCCUACACAGCCCUGGGAGUUGCCGACCCCAUUCUCGUCGCCGUCAAGGCUGCAGGCCCGGGGCUGUCCUGGCUUGUCCCCCUCAUCGCCGUCGCCGUUGUAGUCGGGCUGCCUGGGGUUGUGGUGGUGUCGCUCUAUGCUGUGACCCGCGUGCUCUACGUCAUGGCGCUUGACGGAAUGCUCCCUCGGCAGUUCCAGGAGGUCAACGAGACCUUCAGCUCCCCGAUGUUCAGCACGGGCUUUGCUGGAGUGCUUGCUGCCAUCAUCGCUGCCUUGUUCCCCAUCUCGGCCAUCGCUGAGUUUGUUUCCAUUGGCACCCUGCUGGCCUUUGCUGUCAUCUGCUAUGCUGUCGUCUCCUUGAGGGAGAAACGCCCCGACAUGCCGCGCAACUAUCGCGUACCUUUCUCACCCUACCUGCCUUAUGCAGGCAUGGUCAUCGCUGUUUCUCAGAUCCUCUUCCUCCCCUGGAUGGCGUGGGUGCGGAUGUUGUUCUGGAUCUUGAUGGGCCUCGUCAUCUGGUACUUCUAUGGAAACCGUGUGGAGGAGAAGCCAUACUCCUACGAUCGGGUAGAGUAAGAUAUCAGAGCGAGUGCAAACAAAAUCUUGGGGCUG